CUAAACCUGUUCUACUUCUAUCAAAGUGAAAGAAUUUCUCCAGUUUGGACAAACAGGCGGAUCUAGAAACAGUGAAAUAACAACGUAACAAGGAUUGUUGACUAAAGACUGUAACCCGUUGCAGCAGAAGAGAUCAGGCCGGGUCAUACACAGCUGUCUGUCCAUGACCAAUAACGUUUCUUUACUAAGAGUGAAAGAUGGAUCACUCUAAUCCUCUCCAACCUGAUGGAUCUCAACAAUUAAAAAUGAGUGAAACCCAGGAAAAGACAUCAGACUGUGCAGGACCCAGCAGUGUCUCCAUGAACAGUGAUGUGUGUACAGAUCCUCCACCAGGAUUAAAAAAUGAAGACCUCUCAUCUACACACAGUGAAAACAAGAUAAAGACAUCAGACUCACAGAUACCCAGCUGUGUGUCCAUGAAGAGUGAUGUUUCUUUGGACUUUCUAAUAAAUUUUAAGGAGAAUAGAGAAUCCUCACACAGACACAGUAUCCUGCAGCAAGCAAGAGGCAAAACAGAACAGAAAAUCAUAAUCACAGAUACAGGGUGUAAGUCUGGAACCACUGAGCCUCAUCAUCAUGAGAAAUACAAAUUAAAUCUGCUAAAGAAGUUUCAGCAUGUAAAUGAGGUGAUAAACCAGGGAAACCCAACACUUCUGCAUGAGAUCUACACAGAGCUCUACAUCACAGAAGGAGACAGUGGAAAAGUCAAUAAUGAACAUGAGGUGAGACAGAUCGAGGCAGCAUCCAGGAGAGCAGCAACAGAGGAAACACCAAUCAAAUGCAGUGACAUCUUUAAGCCCUUAUCUGAAGAAGACAAACCCAUCAGGAGCGUUCUGACAAAGGGAGUCGCUGGCAUUGGAAAAACAGUCUCUGUGCAGAAAUUCAUUCUAGACUGGGCUGAAGGGAAAACAAAUCAGGAUGUUCAUCUCAUAUUUCCACUUCCUUUCAGAGAGCUCAAUUUAAUGAAGGAUCGAAACCUGAGUCUGAUGGAGUUUCUUCAUUUCUUUUAUAAGGAGAUAAAAGAAACAAACAUCUCCAGCUUGGACAAAGUUCUGUUCAUUUUUGAUGGUUUGGAUGAGUGUCGUUUCCCUCUGGAUUUCCAGAACACAGUGAGGGUGUGUGAUGUAACUGAAUCAGCAUCAGUGUAUGUGCUGCUGAUAAACCUGAUCAAAGGGAAUCUGCUUCCCUCUGCUCGCAUCUGGAUCACCUCCCGACCAGCAGCAGCUGGUCAAAUCCCCUCUGAGUGUGUCCAUCGACUCACAGAGGUACGAGGGUUCAAUGACCCACAGAAGGAGGAAUAUUUCAGGAAGAGGAUCAGUGAUCAGAGCCUGAGCAACAGAAUCAUCACACACCUGAAGUCAUUAAGAAGCCUCUCCAUCAUGUGCCACAUCCCAGUCUUCUGCUGGAUUUCAGCCACUGUUCUAGAGAGAAUGUUGAGUGAAGCAGAGAGUGGAGAGAUCCCCAAGACUCUGACUCAAAUGUACACACACUUCCUCAGCAUUCAGACAAACGUCAUAAAGAAAAAGUACACAAAGAGCAGAGAGACAGAUACAGAAAUGGUUCUGAAACUGGGUAAACUGGCUUUUCAGCAGCUGAUGAAAGGCAACCUGAUCUUCUAUGAGGAAGACCUGAUGGAGUGUGGCAUUGAUGUGACAGAAGCAUUAGUGUAUUCAGGUGUGUGUACACAGAUCUUCAGAAAGGAGUUUGGGCUUCACCAGAGUAAAAUGUACUGCUUUGUUCAUCUGAGCAUUCAGGAACACCUCGCAGCUCUAUAUGUGCACCUGGUCUUCAUGAACGAAAAGAAAAAUGUUCUUCAGCAGAGUCUGUUGUCUAAACUGUGGAUGCUGCUUCAAGAAAUUACAGUGUUAGAUGUCCACAAGAGUGCUGUAGAUCAGGCUUUACAGAGUGAAAAUGGACAUCUGGAUCUUUUCCUUCGCUUUCUUCUGGGUCUCUCACUGGAGUCCAAUCAGAUCCUCUUACAAACCAUAGUGACACAGACAGGAAGUAGCUCUCACAGCACACAGGAAACAGUUCAUUACAUCAAGAAGAAGAUCAGUGAGAAUCCCUCACCAGAGAAAUCCAUCAAUCUGUUCCACUGUCUGUAUGAACUGGAUGAUCAUUCUCUAGUUGAGGAAAUCCAACACUACCUGCAAUCUGGAAAUUUACAACAAAGGGAACUUUCUCCUUCCCAGUGGUCAGCUGUGGUGUUUGUGUUACUGACAUCAAUGCAGGAAAAGGAUGUGUUUGUCCUUAAUAAAUAUACCAACAAACACUGUACAUCAGACCAGGUUCUUCUGAAGCUCCUGCCUGUGGUUGCAGCAUCCAGAAAAGCUGAGUUUAAUGACUGUGACCUGAAACAGAAAGGUUGUGCAGCUCUGGCCUCCGUUCUCAGCUCUUGGUCCUCCAGUCUGAGAGAACUGAGUCUGUCUUGGAAUAAAUUUACAGACUCCGGAGUGAAGAGUCUCUCGCCUGGACUGGAGAAUCCUCACUGUAAACUGGAGACACUGAGGUUGAAGGGUUGUGAUAUCUCAAAUGAAGGUUGCGCUGCUCUGACAUCAGCUCUGAGAUCAAACCCCUCACACCUGAGAGAACUGGAUGUGUCUGGGAAUAAACUCAGAGACUCAGGAGUGAAGUGUCUCUCUGCUGUACUGGAGAAUCCUCACUGUAAACUGGAGAUACUGGGGUUGCGUGAGUGUGAUAUCUCAGAUGAAGGCUGUGCUGCUCUGACUUCAGCUCUGAGAUCAAACCCCUCACACCUGAGAGAACUGGAUCUGUCUUGGAAUACACCCAAAGACUCAGGAGUGAAGUGUCUCUCUGCUGUAUUGGAGAAUCCUCACUGUAAACUGGAGACACUGCGGUUGUGUGAUUGUGAUAUCUCAGAUGAAGGCUGUGCUGCUCUGACUUCAGCUCUGAGAUCAAACCCCUCACACCUGAGAGAACUGGAUCUGUCUGAGAAUAAUCUCAGAGACUCAGGAGUGAAGCAUCUCUCUGCUGUACUGGAGAAUCCUCACUGUAAACUGGAGACACUGAGGUUGUGUUAUUGUGAUAUCUCAGAUGAAGGCUGUGCUGCUCUGACUUCAGCUCUGAGAUCAAACCCCUCACACCUGAGAGAACUGGAUCUGUCUAAGAAUAAACUCAGAGACUCAGGAGUGAAGCGUCUCUCUGCUGUAUUGGAGAAUCCUCACUGUAAACUGGAGACACUGAGGUUGCGUGGUUGUGAUAUCUCAGAUGAAGGCUGUGCUACUCUGACUUCAGCUCUGAGAUCAAACCCCUCACACCUGAGAGAACUGGAUCUGUCUGGGAAUAAUGUAGGAGACUCAGGAGUGAAGCAUCUCUCUGCAGUACUGAUGAAUCCUCACUGUAAACUGAAGAUACUGAGGUUGUGCAGUUGUGAUAUCUCAGAUGAAGGCUGUGCUGCUCUGACUUCAGCUCUGAGAUCAAACCCCUCACACCUGAGAGAACUGGAUCUGUCCUGCAAUAAUGUAGGAGACUCGGGAAAGAAGCUGCUCUUCACUCAGAAAGAUGAUAAACGUUACCAUCUCCAGGACUUGAGUGUGUAAAGAAUUUCAUCAGAUGCAGACUCCAGUGAAGACAUUUUUUAUGAAAUUCACUCCAUUCACCGAGGCGUUUCCUGGAUAUGAUUUUUUAAACAUUAGAGAUGCAGAGACGUGGAUCUGUGUUUAACAGAGAUCGUGUUUAACUGAAUCACUGAUAUCAGGACUAAACACUUACUGAGAAUGAAUUUAUUAUUAUUAUUAUUAUUAUUAUUAUUAUUAUUAUUAUCAUCAUUAUUAUCAUUAUUAUUAUUAUUAAUGAACACUUAGACAGUGACACUCUACAGGAUCCAGACCUCAUAGCAGGACUCAAGUUCUUGUUAAGGUUCCAGAUGAGUUCUCCUAAUAUUCAGAAUCAUUUUGCAUUUUACUGGUAAGUUUUAGUCAAUAGAAGUGGGACGUAUACUGUAUGUAUAAGACUAUACAUAAAGGAAUAUAAUAUUUUAUUGAAAGAAAAAAUCCUAACCUAAGAGUCAUAUAUAUCAUAAAGAAGUAUUCAUUAAUAUUAAUAUAUCAUGUAGAUUAUUAAAAAGUUACUACAAAGAGAGUGUAAUUACCUGUGAAUAAAUCCACUACACAAUAAUAGGAUCAUAUCGCUGGAUGUGACGCAAACAUGAAACAUGGAGGAAAAACUGACACCAAGCUAGAGUGUGUAUGUCUAAACUGAGCUUUUUUAUAAAGUGAUUUUCAUCAAGAGGAAAAGGAAAUCCAAAAUACUGUUAGUUUUAUACAGAACAGUAAAAGUAUUGUAUAACGCAGUCUGCAGACAACAGAGAUGAAUUUUACAACAGCACAUCACUACAUCACCAAGUACUGUUACACACACACACACACAACCAGACAACAAUUGUGUAUCUGAGUUUUCUGAAACAAGAAAGGGAAAAUUAACAAAACAAUUAACACAAUAUCACAAAACAUUAUAUAACAUUUACAAACCCCGCCUACGAAAUUUGUUCGUAAGGCUGUAUUUUAAUGUAAUCGUGUGUAUUCAACAAUUUGUGGAAAAGACAUAAGAUCAGCCAACUGUGGCGAUCACCGUUUAUGAAUAUCAUGUUAUUACAUUUUGUUUGACUUUAUUUACAUUUAAAUUGUCUUGAUUUAUCUUCACAUUUAUGAUCCAAAAAUUUAAAAAAAUAAAAAGCCCAGUGGUGUAAAUCUCAUUCAUUCAUUUCUAACACUAUGACUAUAACUACAGGACUAACAAGAGAUGUGUGUGUGUGUGUGUGUGUGUGUGUGUGUGUGUGUGUGUGUCUGUGUGUGUGUGUGUGUGUGUCUGUGUGUGUGUGUGUGUGUGUCUGUGUGUGUCGGGACUAACAAGAGAAGUGUGUGUGUGUGUGUGUGUGUGUGUGUGUGUAACAGUCCUUGUCAAGCAUGCUUCAAUGCGGGUCAAGAGGUGUCAUUUCCAUUAAAUGCCCUUUGACCCUCACUAAGGCCAUCUCCUGGUCCAAGGUCACAGUCUACCUUCACCAGAGUUUACUGAAUGUUGCUUUACGCUAACCCAUGUAGUGAGUUUCAGUCAUCCUCUCUCUCAACAGAAUACAAUAUUACGUCUUAGUCUUAUCCUUUAAAUAUAUACAAUAUCAGUACAGUGAGUAGUGACCCUCAAUAGAGAGAAUGAUCAGAAUGUGAGUGAUUCUUAUCCUCAAUAAAGAACAGUAUCGCACUUUGACGUUCGUACUCAGCGAUGAAAAAGCUAAUGGAGAAGUCCACUAGUUCAUAAAGUGAUCAGAUGUAGAUCCACAGUUCCAUAAGCUUCCAUAAUAUAAUCCUGUUCUGCAGUGGGGAGAGUGGGACCAAACAGAGGAGAAGAAAGAAGAGAGUAACUGAAAGAACAGUAACUGAGUUGGAGGUGGAGGAGUAGAAGAAAAGAUUUCUGCUGAGGUGAUAAACACACAGAAAAAAACCUUUAGUUAAAUAAAUAUAGAUAUGAGGGAAAAGAUCCUGUAUAAUUGUAUCGUAUAAUUCUUUUCUUUAUAAAUGGACCGAUGUUAGUUCCUGUAUGUUAUUCUAUCCUGAUGUUUUAGUUUCUGUUUAGGUUACAGAAAUGUGUUUAUACAAUCUUAUUUAUAUUUAUUUCAUGCCCAUUUAUAGUUUUAUUUUUCCCUGCUUGCAAACAAUAAAAGUUAAAAAGAAACAUGUAAAGAAUUCCUUGCAUUUCUACACGUGUGUGUGGAAUUUUUAUGUAAUACUUUCAAGGGGUACAGAUCAGAAGGUCUUGAGUUCAAACCCCAGAACUACCAAGUGAAAGAGCCCUGACCUCAUCACGAUAAACUUUUUUUUUUUUGAUCAUAGAAUUUUUAUUGAAAAUUGACAUUUUAUAUAACACCCCACCCAACAACCCCAACAAACUACCACAGCCAAAACCAAAAGAAAGGGGGAAACAAAAAACAAUAAACAAACAACCAGAGAAAAAACAAACAAACACAACAACAACAACAAAGGGGGGGGGGGGGGGGGUAAGAUGAUCAGGAAUUACAGUCUACCUCUCCUCAAUCCACCACCAGGGUGCGUACAUCAUUGAAGUAGGUAAUAAAUUGUGCCCAUUUUCCCAAAAAUGAUCCACCCCUGCCUCUGAUGUUAUACUUGAUCACGAUAAACAUUAUUAAUGUUAUUUCAUUUAGAGAAGAAUGUACAUGAUCGUAUAAACAGUGGUGUCUGUGGUCCUGUACUGGAGAUCGAGUUUCUGAACAAUGAUGAGAUCUAUACUGGAUAACUGAGCAGAAGAUUUUGAGGGAUCUGGUUUUACCAGGUGAUCCAUGUACUAGCAAAUGUUCCUAUC